UCUCUCUCUCUCUCUCUCUCUCUCUCUCUCUCUCUCUCUCUCUCUCUCUCUCGGUGCUGUUCAUCUUAAUGAAGAAGAUUCACGGCGGUUUUACUCCCAUGAGGUCUAGCCCUCUCGAUAAUUCGAGGGCCAUGUUUAGGCAUCAAAGCCUUAUGCAAGAUUUCGAAGAAUUACACGAGGAAACUCAAGCUAAGAGGAGAAGACUAAAGAAUCUGAAAGAGAGGAAGGCAAUGGUUGUAGCUGAAGUCCGAUUUCUCCGGCGACGAUACAAACACUUGACACGAGACCAGCGAGGGAGAAAGCUUCGGUUUCAGGCAGAGUCAAUGCAGGAAGCAUCUCCCGAUCCACCUCAUGUCAUGAAGAAUCGUGUUUCAAUUCCGGACUUAAACCAGUCGGAGAGGGUCCAUGAAGAAAACGAAACCAACCCGAAGGGAAGAGUUCCGGUGUUUGAUCUGAACCAGAUAUCGGGAGAAGAGGAGAAAGAGCCAGAAGCGGAGAAUGAGCAGUGGACGAAAGUGAUGGACCCGAAAGCUGGACCCGAUGAGAGAACGAGCAACAGCAGACGACGAAUGGGGCUGAAAGAAACGAGUGUGUUGCUCUGCAGAAAAGGCGGGAACAGAUUGAACAAGAGGAAGAUUUCAUGGCAAGAUCCGGUGGCCGUGAGAAUGUGAGUAAGAUCAUUUUUCUUAAUCUCUGUGAAACUUGCUUUCCAGCUUUCUUAGGCAAUUCUUCUUGUAAAACGGUCCAUGGAUACAUAAGAAUCCAAACAACCAAUAACCAAUACCCAAAAAAUAGAGGAAUGAUUCCCUCAAAAAGACAAGACAUGACAAUGCUAAAGCAGUGGUUGAAAGUUAUAUUUGUUUAUUAAAGGGGGAACAACAAUUUUAACUGAACAGUGACUCAGACCAGACCGUAAAAUCAAAACUGGCAGAUGUAAAAGCCGAACUCAACACC